UCAUAUAGAUGACCUCAAGUACUAACUAGCUUCUGUUAAAACAACAUAAAAUAAUGCAUCAAACAGUCUAAUACAGAUACAGACACAUAUUUUGAUCUCUGAAGGAGCAAACAGAUGAAAAUGAACAUGAGCAGGACAUGCUGCUGUUUCUAAUUAAAUACAAAUAUCAGAAUAACAUAUCACACUAUUUCCUUCUUAUUUACAUUAUUCAUUGCAUUUGUUUUGUCAUAUGAAACCAUAUGAAGUAGUAAAUAUCAGUGCAAAAAAAGAAGUGAAACAGAACAGCAAUUUAAUGUGGAAAUCCAAAGCAAAGACUCCAAGAAGAAAUAUCUUCUAUUUAAGAAGAUUACUUAUCAAGAAUAAAGCGGUUAUCUUGCAAUUAAGUUAAAUUGUGUAGCAUUUGUCAAAUUCAAGAAUUUAAGAGCUGCAGUAAAGUAUUAGACUAAAAAAAAAUCCCCUUGGCUUUAUUGAGAAAGUGUCUUAUUUCUGGAUCAUGAUUUGAUUUUGCACACUAUAACUUUGUUCUUUUGAUCAGCAGUUAAAAAUGUGCAUUCCCUGUUGUUUUAGACACCAGAAUACCCCAAGAAGCCCUUUUUAUAUCAGCUUAAGAUGUCAGAUCAAAUUUCAUAUGUACUUCUAUUACUCUGAUCCUUGUAGACUGCACAACUGAUAUGUGGGUCCCACAAUUCAUUUGUAAGAAAAUACAAUUCUGUAUCUUCACCAUGUAAUUUUGAAAGUUACACGAUCACAAAAAUGUUUGUGUGUUAGUUAUCUCCAGUAAACUGCGUAACUUUACAGACAGAAUGAAAGACAGAUGAAACUGUGUUCUACUUUGUAGUGAGCAAGACUAAAAGUUUUCUUGCUUAUAUCUGCUGCCACCAGAUGUCACUGUGUAGAUAAAAAACUGAUGACCUUUUUUCCCCUUUUUCAGCUUUUUUUCCCAUUUGAUUUAAUCAAGUAUGAUUUCCAGAAAGAUGAACCAAUUAGAAAUAAGCAUGGUUGGUGUGAGAAAGUUAAGAAAGGUGAGGCUGGUCUUCUCAUUUCCCAAGUGAAUGCAAAGAACCCCUUCUUCGGAUAUGCUGGCAAUAAAAGACACACAGAAAAGAAAUUACUCAGUGAGGUAUUUAAGAAGGGUGAUCUUUAUUUUAAUACUGGAGACCUAAUGGUUCAAGACCAUGAGAAUUUCCUGUAUUUUUGGGACAGGAUUGGAGAUACGUUCAGAUGGAAAGGAGAGAAUGUUGCAACAACAGAAGUUUCUGAUGUCAUUGUUAUGUUGGAUUUCAUACAAGAAGCAAACGUGUAUGGCGUAUCAGUACCAGGUAAAAGAAGCUUCAGCUUUAUUUUUUCCAUCCUCUUUGUUUAGUUAUUAACCUUUGUAAAUCUUUUAUUUCAUGUUGUAAACCCAUGAAUCAUUUCUAAUUGAGUCAUAUUUUUAAUAUGUAGCUAGAAUGUGUAUGUAGAUAAUGAAGAUGCCAACUGUUUCUGAAUGAGGCAGUACAUUUUUAUGUGCAUGUAAUAUGUAUUUUUGAAAAAUGAUCUUUCAUGAAGUUGUGAUAGCUGCAUAAGCCGAAGUUUCAAGCUUUAUUAUAUUGACAGUCACGGAAAAUCCACAUUUUCAUGUGUCAGAAUAAAAUAAUGUCAGCAAGGUAAGAAUUAACAUAGCUUUAAAGGAAAG